AAAGAUUUUAGUCAGAGGAGAGCGUAUUAAAAAUUAGAUUUUUAUUUAAAUUGCGAAACUGGUCCAGUGAUCAAAUAUAAUAUCGAAAGUGUACUAAGAAAACGUGUACUAAGAGCCCUGCAAUUUUCACUUACUAAUUCAUACGCUCGUCUUAAAUUAAAUCUAAUCUUCGUUUCCAACCAAUCCAAUAUUAUUUGCCUCUUAGUAAUUUAUAAUUGAUAACAAUUACCGUAGCAGUAAAGGCUCAUAGUUUUCAGACUUUAAGUGUUAAAGGCAAUUUGAAAAAUGCGCGAAAUCGUACAUAUACAGGCCGGACAAUGUGGCAAUCAGAUUGGCGGUAAAUUUUGGGAAGUGAUAUCUGAUGAACAUUGCAUUGAUGCCACCGGCACUUAUUAUGGCGAUAGCGACUUACAACUAGAACGUAUUAAUGUGUAUUAUAAUGAAGCUACUGGUGCCAAAUAUGUACCUCGUGCCAUUUUGGUCGAUUUAGAACCGGGCACUAUGGACUCGGUACGUUCUGGGGCUUUCGGGCAAAUCUUCCGUCCGGAUAAUUUUGUAUUUGGUCAGUCAGGAGCGGGUAAUAAUUGGGCCAAGGGCCAUUAUACAGAAGGCGCAGAACUGGUCGACUCCGUACUUGAUGUUGUACGCAAAGAGUCUGAAGGAUGUGAUUGUCUACAGGGAUUUCAGUUAACGCAUUCUCUUGGUGGCGGCACAGGCUCUGGCAUGGGCACACUAUUGAUAUCGAAAAUUCGUGAAGAAUAUCCUGAUCGUAUUAUGAAUACAUUUUCUGUAGUGCCCUCGCCAAAAGUAUCCGAUACUGUGGUAGAGCCAUACAAUGCUACGCUCAGUGUACAUCAGCUGGUAGAAAACACUGACGAAACAUACUGCAUCGACAAUGAAGCUCUAUACGACAUCUGUUUCCGUACAUUAAAGCUAACUACGCCAACCUAUGGUGACCUAAAUCAUCUGGUAUCUGCAACAAUGUCUGGAGUAACAACAUGUUUACGCUUUCCUGGUCAGCUAAAUGCAGAUCUGCGAAAGUUGGCUGUGAAUAUGGUUCCAUUUCCUCGUUUACAUUUCUUUAUGCCUGGUUUCGCUCCCUUGACCUCUCGUGGUUCGCAACAGUAUCGUGCACUUACCGUACCUGAAUUAACGCAACAGAUGUUUGACGCUAAGAACAUGAUGGCUGCUUGCGAUCCGCGUCAUGGGCGGUAUUUAACGGUAGCCGCUAUAUUUAGAGGGCGUAUGUCAAUGAAGGAAGUGGACGAACAAAUGCUGAAUAUUCAAAAUAAAAACAGCAGCUUCUUUGUGGAAUGGAUCCCAAAUAACUGCAAAACAGCUGUUUGUGACAUACCUCCACGUGGCUUAAAAAUGUCCGCCACAUUUAUUGGAAAUUCAACAGCGAUUCAGGAAUUGUUUAAACGAGUUUCCGAACAAUUCACGGCCAUGUUUAGGCGUAAAGCUUUUUUGCAUUGGUACACCGGGGAGGGUAUGGAUGAGAUGGAGUUUACCGAAGCAGAGAGCAACAUGAACGAUUUGGUAUCGGAAUACCAACAAUAUCAAGAAGCGACCGCUGAUGAAGAGGGAGAAUUCGACGAGGAUGAAGAAGGAGGUGGAGAUGAAUAACAGUUCCAUCAGACGUAAAGAUGAUAGCUAAUGUGUCUAAUUCAUGAGUUUUGCUAAAUUUUAACUUUGGGCGCAGAAUGCAAUUGUAAAAUUGGAUUGUAGCAUACUUAAUUUCUAAUUUACCCCUCAGUCAGCACUUUGUGUUCAUAUAUAAUAUUUGAUUCCUCUCUGCUGUAUACACGCAUUUCAGUGGAAUUUAUUUUUCUUGCAAUCUUUUUGAAUAACUUGUCAAUAGAACGAAACUAAAUACACAAAUAUGUCUAGACCAAAUUAAAAAAAAUAA